UUGGAUGUGUUCAAACAGGUUCAGGUGAAUAUCCCCUUGUUGGAUGCUAUUGCCCAGAUCCCCGCUUAUGCUAAAGUCCUCAAAGACUUAUGCACCCAAAAGCGGACCACCAAUGUGCCCAAAAAGGCAUUCUUGGCUGCUAACAUUAGUUCUCUAAUCUCACAGCCAGUAGCAGCCAAGCAUAAGGAUCCGGGAAGCCCCACCAUCUCUUGCACUAUAGGCCAUACUACUAUUGAUCAUGCCUUAUUGGACCUUGGUGCAAGUGUGAACCUCUUACCCUUUCAUGUCUACCAACAACUGGGAUUGGGAGAACUGAAACCGACCAAAAUUACUCUUCAACUUGCAGAUCGGUCGGUUAAAGUUCCUAAGGGAAUGAUUGAGGAUGUCCUGUUGAAGGUUGGGGAAUUUAUUUUUCCUAUAGAUUUUAUUGUUUUAGAUACCCAACCCCUUGCCAACUUCAAGGACCAAAUCCCAAUCAUAUUGGGUAGACCAUUCCUAGCUACCGGUAAUGCUUUAAUCAAUUGCGGGAAUGGUCUCAUGAAAUUAUCUUUUGGCAAUACUUACGUUGACUUCAAUGUGUUUAGGUUGGGC